AGAAACUGUAUUAUCAAAUACUAAUACUUCACGAGUGCUCUCAUAGAGAAAGUUCUACCACUAUUUAGGCCUGGCCUAGAACUUGGCAAUCUUUCUUAGUCUCCUAAGUAUUAGGAUUACAGGCAUGUGCCAUCUCAUACAAAUCUCCAGGGUUCUACUGGAGAUUUUGUGUAUGUAUGUGUGUAUGUGUAUGGUGUUAGCAGCAUGUGGUCGUGGUAUCUGUGUAUAGGGCAGAGGUCCACCUUCCUGUGUUGACUCCUUGCCAUUCUACUUUGUUCAAGACAGGGUCUCCUUUCCUUGGUGUAAACAAGGCUAGUUGGCAUUCUGGAAUUUCUGGAGACUCCUGUCUGUGCCUCCCUUUUGUCUACAAGGGCCUGUGCCUGGAUUACAAACAAUAGUGACUGUUUUUUACGUAGGUUCUGCGGAAUCCAAACCUCAGGAUAGUGCUUGUACUCAGUGAGCUGUCUCUCUUUCCCCUAUACCUGAGAUUCUUAGUUUUAAACUAUUUUAAUUUCUAAAAAUAGUUUUAAAAGAAUUCUAUAUUUCAAGUUUUAAUAGUUUCUUACAUAUUCUGAACUAAAUGUAGUAAAAUAGGACAUGCCUUAGUUUCUUAGUGAUCACCAUUAUGUUCUGUUUCCAUUGCUUUGUUUUUUAUCAAUCAGAAAGUUCAGUUUUGAGAUUGGACUCAUUUUUAACUAUUAAAAAAGCUUGUUCAUUUGCUGGGCUCUAUUUUAAGCUAAUCCAUUACUUCCUACUUCUCUACUGAUUUCCCAGUUUCAGGUGUGAGCCUUGGAUCAGGGUCCUGUACCAGGGAAGGAGUUUAGGGCUGCGUCUUGGCUCUCCUCCUACAUCAGUGCUCUGUGUACACCCCCAGUUCCUCCUCCAUCAGUGCUCUAUAUACACCCCCCGUUCUAGGUUUCAUGUAGGACGGAAGGCUGUGGAAGGGAGAGGUAAACACUCUUAAAUUGAAUGGUACUCUUUUAUUUUCUAGUCUGUUGUGGAAAUGUGUGCUUCUUAUGCACCUUUUACACAGACAGCAGUCUACUGGUAUUUCUGUACACAAAUAUGCAUCCACAGGCUUUACCCAAAAGAAGCACAGCCAGGAGACUGGGAAGGGCAAAUAGACUGAGGAAUGAGAAGUAUAUGAGUAUCUGUGAACAUUUUUACUUCAAUUGUGGAGCCUUAAAUUUAGAAUAUGCUUUUGGAUAUCUCACUAUUUACAUAUAAGUGAAAAGCUAUAUAUUUAAUGUACAAAAAUUUACCAAAAGAAAAUAAUUUUCUUCUAAUGGAAAAAAGCAGAGAAGGAAUUUUUUAAAAUGUUUUAAAAAUAUUGCUAUGUUCAUUAAUUAUUUAAAAUAGCUGCAUUUUAAGGUUAGCUUUAUGUAAAAAUAUGGAGGAUAUGUUAUAUUUUGAGAUACUGUGCUAAAUUUUUAUUAUGUGAGUAAACAUUGUUUAUUUUUAGUUAUAUAUAUUUCCGUGUAUACACAUGUGCAUGUGUGGAGGUCAGAGGAUAGUUUGUGGGAGUUGGAACACAGUGCCUUUACCCUCUCAGCUAUCUUAUCAGCCCAGCUAUUAUUUUAAAAGUACAUUUUGAGGUACAAGGCACGUAUAACACAAUGUGCAGUUUAAGUGUAGUUUUCUGCAUUGGCAAAGAUGUAGAUCGCUGCCUGUAACUCCUGAUAAGAAAGGUAUUGGACCCAUGCUUCUGUGCUAUUUUCCAGCGAAGCACCCUUCCUCUUAGUAAAACACUGCUCUGAUUUCUGUUUCCACAGCUUAGUUCUGUUGCUUCUAGGAUUUCAAAGACCAGAACUCAGUUGUGCCUGAAGUCUUUCCACCUACUCCUGAUUCAAAUAGUAUCCUAUGAUCUCUCUAUCGGCACCAGCUUAUAUCACCGAGAAGAUAAUUGUAAAGGCAUACCUUGUUGAGAACAUAACUGAGAGGUUGUACGGAUGGGAUGAACACGCGUCAGUUGCCUGCCUGUCUGCUGGAGUUUGGAUGCUAGCGUUGCUCAUAGGGAACUGCUGCCUAGGGAUGCACCUGCUCUACAGUACCCCAUUUCAUCGUGCUUGUCUCGAUUAAAGAAUUCAAAGUGGAGUACCGCAAACUUGAUAUGGAUAAUAAAAAGAAAGACAAGGACAAAUCAGAUGACAGAAUGGCACGGCCCAGUGGUCGGUCAGGGCACAGCACUCGAGGAACUGGGUCUUCUUCAUCUGGAGUUUUAAUGGUUGGACCUAACUUUAGAGUUGGGAAAAAAAUUGGAUGUGGCAAUUUUGGAGAAUUACGAUUAGGGAAAAAUUUAUAUACAAAUGAAUAUGUGGCGAUUAAACUGGAGCCCAUGAAAUCCAGAGCACCACAGCUGCAUUUGGAAUACAGAUUCUAUAAGCAGUUAGGAUCUGGAGAUGGUAUACCUCAAGUUUACUAUUUUGGCCCUUGUGGUAAAUACAACGCUAUGGUGCUGGAACUGCUGGGACCUAGUUUGGAAGAUUUGUUUGACCUCUGUGAUAGAACAUUUUCUCUUAAAACCGUUCUCAUGAUAGCUAUACAGCUGAUUUCUCGCAUGGAGUAUGUCCACUCAAAGAACUUGAUAUACAGAGAUGUGAAGCCUGAGAAUUUCUUAAUAGGACGGCCAGGAAACAAAGCCCAGCAAGUCAUUCACAUCAUAGAUUUUGGUUUGGCAAAGGAAUAUAUUGAUCCAGAGACAAAGAAACAUAUACCAUACAGAGAACACAAAAGCCUUACUGGAACAGCCAGAUACAUGAGCAUAAACACACAUCUAGGAAAAGAACAGAGCAGAAGAGACGAUUUAGAAGCUUUAGGACAUAUGUUCAUGUAUUUCCUGAGAGGCAGUCUUCCUUGGCAAGGCCUAAAGGCAGAUACAUUAAAAGAGAGAUAUCAGAAAAUUGGAGACACAAAACGAGCCACACCGAUAGAAGUGCUGUGUGAAAACUUCCCAGAAGAAAUGGCAACAUAUCUUCGUUACGUACGAAGGCUAGAUUUUUUUGAAAAGCCAGACUAUGAUUACUUAAGAAAGCUUUUUACUGACUUGUUUGAUCGCAAAGGGUAUAUGUUUGAUUAUGAAUAUGACUGGAUUGGUAAACAGUUGCCUACUCCUGUAGGUGCAGUUCAGCAAGACCCGGCUCUGUCAUCGAACAGAGAAGCACACCAACACAGAGACAAGAUACAGCAGUCUAAAAACCAGUCGGCAGACCACAGGGCAGCUUGGGACUCCCAGCAGGCAAAUCCCCACCAUUUGAGAGCUCACCUUGCAGCAGACAGACAUGGUGGCUCGGUACAGGUUGUAAGUUCUACAAAUGGAGAGCUAAACACGGAUGACCCCACGGCGGGACGGUCAAAUGCACCCAUUACAGCCCCUACGGAAGUAGAAGUGAUGGAUGAAACCAACUGCCAGAAAGUACUGAACAUGUGGUGCUGCUGCUUUUUCAAACGAAGGAAAAGGAAAACCAUACAACGUCACAAGUGACUGGACACAGACAGAGCCUGGGGAGUUACUUACAUGUUUAUAUGCUGUCUCGUGAUUAAAAUCAUCUCUAGAGUGACCACAUAUAUUUUCAAGGACUCACUCUUGAAACAAAAAAGUCAUACUUUCAUAUUUCAUUUUGUGGUUGUCUUAUAUUCAUUCCCCCACCCCUAAUUUAACUUUAUGGAAGCUUUAAAAUCUUGUCAGAACAUGAGUGCUUUGCCCAUCCUUGAAUGGAAUGGACCAAUGAAGUGUAUUGAUGAACACAGUUCCAUAGGAAAACAAUACAGGUGUCCAAAUGUCAAUUAAUUGUACCUAAUUUGAUUUCUUUAUGUCUUCUAUAAAAGCAUAAUCAAACAGGAAUUUUCCUCCCACUGGAUACUGAAGCAGAGAAAACAGUUGCCCAAAUAUUAAAAACAACUUUUUUGAACAGUUCCUGUUUUGUGACAUCUGCAUUGAUUUCAGUAUGACCGAUGGUACUGUUAUUCAUGAAUCAUAUUGGCCUUCUCUUUGUGAAAUCAUGGUACAGUCACUGCCCAGAGGUACUGAGGAAAAAGUACUAUGGGAUUGGCAAACUGUGGCGGUCAAUAAGUCGGCAGUGUUGGAAAUAUGAGCUCGGCUUCUGUGGCGCCACUGUGUGAGGUGCAGCUGCAGACGAAGAAGCGCCAGGAGCAUUUGCUUAAUGUCACUCUGCUUCCAGAUGAUAAUACAUGAUAGAUGGCGAGAACUGAGUACUGGAGAAGUAAUGUGUGUUAGAGUUUAAAAACACACUGAGGAAAGGAUGACAAUGUGAACUUCUUUUCAGUGUGUAAGGCUGGAGCCCCUUAAGAGCCUACUUACUGCUCAUGGCCACAUUUCUCUCAGAAGCAGAAACCCGAGGACGUGCCAUACAGUGGUGGCUGCCUGUUAUGUUGUUCUUCAAUUAAAGAAAAGAAUCAUACUCCCAGCAAUAAACACUGGGCCACUCUGCUGCCCUCUGUGCACACGAGUCUCUUGUAUUCAGCUUGGCUAGGUCUCUGGAAUUCCCUGUCUUGAGCACAAUGUCCAUGAUUGGAGAAUAUUCUGGAGAGAGGGUGGGCAGGGUGCUUUGCCUCCAUAGCUUUCACAGUGCCUGCAUAUGAACAGCGUAACAGUUCUGUUGUUAGCCAAGUCCAUUCCACUUCGCAAGCCUGCUUUGUAAGGACGUAAGGACACAGGCAUACUUCUUGUCUCAUGCUGUCAGCCGGGUUGUCGGGAGCUACAGACUGGCUAGAAAGAUGCUGUGACCAUGUCACACACUCAUCUUUACUUAGGAAGUUGUCGCUCCUGCCACGCUCUCUCCUCUGUCCUACUUGUGAGCCUUCAGGUGUGCUUAUUUAUUUUUUUGUUUGUCUCAAGGUAACAUUUAAAAUAUGUAUUAAAGGAAAGGAAUCCACAUUUUUUUACUUCAUUAUUGAAUUUACAGGUAUUUAAUUGUAUUUUGUAAUUUAUUUUUCUUAUUAGCCAAAAGUUCAAUGUGUUGCUUUGAUAAAUUGGGCACCCACAUGAACACCCCAGAUCAGGACGUUGUUCAUCUUUCUUCUUGAUUUCGAAGACCUACACUCAACUGAGAAAACCUUCGCUGUAUAAUCUGAUCAACAGUUUCCAUUCAUUUGUACACUGUCAUGAUAUCUGAACUGCAGGAGUUAAAUACUGAGUUUUAUUUUGUUUGCUUUGAGCAAGGUAGAUGGAUAUUCUGGCCAUUUAUAAUGUGAAACCACUUCUUUACAGUAUUUGACCAAAUUUGUGUGUCUAUGAUAUUUGUAAAUACAUGCGAUAUCUGUAUUUCUUAUCAUAAACCUAUUUAGUUUUAUUCUCAGUAGGGUUUUUUGGACUGUACAGUGUUUAUAUGAUCUGAACUCCUUAUACAUAAGAAGGUGUGUAUAUUAAUCCAAUUAUGGACUUAAAUAUUUUAAAGUAUGAAUACCCUUAUUUGCUGCAAAGGCCAGUGUGUAGACAUUUGCUUUUUAGCAAUAUUUUUAAGUGCUCCAUUUUAGUGCCAGAGAAUAAGUCUUUGGCACAGACUGGUCAGUAAUAGGUAAUGCAGGUAUGUUCAGGUUAAGCCAACGAUGUUUUGCAUUUUUAUGCUUCUUUUCUGUCAACACUAAUGAAAUCAACAUUGCCUGAAUGUCUGAAUACUGAAACACAGCCCUGUUUAAAAGUAUGUAACUGAAAAAGAAAUAAAUAAAGGUAGUUUUUUUAAA